AUGAGUUUUGCAAGCCCUCCCAUUGCUCCAGUUACAUCGUUCGGCACUCAUCACUCCGUUGUUGUUGUUGUUGUUUCGUGGUGUUUCAACGGGUGUUUUACCGCGUGUGCUUUGAGGCCAUUGGGGUCGUUGGUUGCAGAGAACGAGUUGCGCCAUUUCUUGAAGCUUGCACGGCCAGAGUGGUCCAAACCACGUCGUAGAGGACGCAGCGACAUUGUCCGUGUGUUAGCGAAGUUGAAGGCAGUCGGUGUCAACGACAUUGACACUUUGAUAAGGAAGGUGGAGAAGAACACCAUCAAUGAGGAAUUGUACAACAAGGGCUUAAUGCCAUUGAGCCGAGCCGCAUUGGACUCAAUCAGAAGGCAGAAAACCUUCAUGCAGGCACUUGAGUCUGUUGACGUCCCAAACAUCCGGCAGGUUGGCGUGUUCGACCCCGUCGCGCAGAUGCUGUCCCGGAAACCCUUGCCAAAUGCAACAACUAGCACACGACGUUCCUCGCCGUCUAGACGUGAGGAAGGAAGGAGAAGCCUUCGCCAAAGCUUGCCUGCCAGUACCGCUGAAGGGACAAGUAUCACGCCCUUCAUACCCGAUUUGUCGCCACCAGGGAGGCCGUGUUUGUUUCCACGGCUUCGGGGAGCAGCUUCUUCCAGGCCUGGCAGGCUAUCCCCGCUGGACGCCCAUGCUGCGACAGACGGCUUCUCGCACCUUUCCUCAACGGAGCCAGGCCAGAUAGGUCGCUCUAAAUCUUUCUCAACAUCUGAGAACUUGGUGGGCGGGAGCGCUUUCGGCAGCUCGCGGGAAAGCAAGGUGACUUGGUCCGCCACCUUGCCGGCGGGACAGCUGGAUGUGGACGAUGUAGAAGUGGGCGAAAGCUUGCGCAUCUCGAAGAGAGCGAGCACAACACCGCUGUUGCCCGACGCCGGAGCUUCUGCGCGCAUGUCAGUUUUAUCGCGAUCCACUGACAAUCAUCAUCGUGGCGUCCAACCUCCUAGUAUGGAUGAGAUGCUGGCCUUGCAGCGAGCUGGCCAGCGAAUCCUUCAAAAUCUCGAGGACCGGCGUGGGUCAGCUGCGAAAUGGAGUCCCAAGAGCUGCAAAACUCCGCUUGAGCAGGGGGAGGACAUGCUGCUGGAGCAAGUGGCUUUGGACGAGCGUGAGCGCCUUGUUAGACUCGUAAAGUCGAAGUCAAAUCCAUCAGAUCCCUUCAGGGGACAUAUUGCUCAAAACAUCAAGCUUCGAUUGGAGCAGACGGCAAACAACGAUUCGACUGAGGGCCUGGCCAUAAACCAACGGUGCUUGAACAUCCGCAAGCAGCUGGCAGGUAUGGUGAACGCCCGGAAGGAACUGGCGUCCCUGCGAGCGAAGGUCCAUCUUCUGAUGGAGGAGCCUCUUCUUCCCAAGCUCAUUCUGGACUCCUAUGGGCUUUUUGCUGAGCUCACUGAGGCAAGGGAUCAAUAG